AUGGAUCACACGCGCGAUCCCUGUCCUUGGGUUGCCCUGAGCGACUUUGGCGGUGCCUUCGCCAUGGGUGCUAUUGGUGGUGCUGUCUGGCACGGUGUUAAGGGGUUCCGCAAUAGUCCUUACGGCGAGCGCCGGAUAGGUCUUUUCAGUAUUUACGACUGUUCAAUUAAGGGUAUCCGCAAGAAGGAAGAUCCCUAUAAUGCUAUCAUUGCUGGUUUCUUCACUGGUGGCUCCCUUGCUAUCCGUGGUGGUUAUAAGGCCGCCCGCAACUCCGCUAUUAUGUGUGCCGUCUUCCUAGCUGUCAUCGAGGGUGUCGGUAUUGGUUUCCAGCGCAUGAUGGCCGAUAACACAAAGCUCGAGCUUCCUCCUCUUCCUCCGUCGGAGCAGAAGGCCCACGCCUAA